AUGGAUUCUUCAAAUUUAGUAAUUCUAUUUUCAUUCUCUUACUUUCUUCUACACCUACCUGCUCUGACAACUGCUCAGCCAGACUUCGACGAUUAUAGUUGUGAUUAUUACAACAACGUUGGUAACUACACAACUAAUAGCACCUUCCAAAGAAACCUCAACAGCCUCCUCUCCUCUCUAGCAUCCAACACUCAAAUUGACUAUGGAUUCUACAAUCUAUCCGUUGGCGAAAUUCCUGAACGAGUUAAUGCAAUUGCACUUUGUAGAGGAGACGUUGCGGUUGACGCUUGUCAACGUUUUGUUAAUAACUCAAUUCUUGAGAUCUUACAGGUUUGUCCUAACAGGAUGGAGGCAUUUGGAGUUUACGAACUCUGUAUGAUCCGAUACUCGAACAGAUCUAUAUUCGGUGUUCUGGAAGAACGACCAAGUAUGGACAUGGCCAACGGACCAAAGGUUUUGGAUGUCAAUUUGUUUAAUCAGGCACUUCAAACGUUACUGGCGAGACUUCAAGGUAGAGCUACAUCAGGAAACUCUUUAAGAAAGUUUGCAACAGGAAACCAAAGCGCAGGAUUUGAAACAGUAUAUGCUCUUGUUCAAUGCACACCUGAUUUAUCUGAGCAGCAAUGCUCUAGCUGCCUCCUUGGGCUUUUUCGGAUGAUUACAAGUGAUGGGAAUAUGCAAUGGAAGAUUGGAGUCAGGCUCGCAAGACCCAGCUGCAAUUUGAGGUGGGAGACUGGAUCAUUUUUUAAUGUUACGCCAGAGACACUACCACCACCAACACAAGCAUCGCCCAUAUCUCCCCCUGUAGCACAAGGUAGGCCUUGA